UUAAUUAGUGCGGUCAGGAAAGUGAAACUUAAGGAAUAGAAACUUAACUCUGGUUUAUAGAGUGCUGCUCUGGCUCUGUUGCGCACAUCAGGAUGGGGAUUCAAGGCUUGACCAGCUUCAUCGAGGCCAACAAUCAGAUCUACCGGGACGUCCGGUUCAGGGACAGCCGGCUGGUGGUGGAUGGCUAUAACCUGUCCUGUCACCUGUACUUUACCGCGGGUCUGGAGCAGACGUACGGCGGGGAGUAUGCUGCGUAUGCGGACCUGAUCGAGAGCUUCGUCAAAGCGCUGAGGGGCUGCGGGAUCCAGCCCUACGUGGUGCUGGACGGAGGCGAUGACCACACUGAUAAGAAGCUGGAAACCAAGAAACAACGAGCCAAGGCACGGAUCCAAGCAGCCCAUGAAAGGUCAAUGGGCAUGCCGACCCGGGGGGACAUCCUGCCCCUGAUGUGCAAACUGCUGUUCAGACAGACCCUGGUCCGGCUGGAGGUCCCGGUGGUCCUGUCCUCCUCAGAGGCAGACCGGGAGGUCGCCGCCCUGGCAAGUGAGUGGCAGUGUCCGGUGCUCUCCAAAGACAGCGACUUCUACAUCUUUGACCUGCCGGCGGGGCUGCUGCCCAUCCCCCAUUUCCAGUGGGAGGUGGCGGCGCAGAGAGGCUUCGUCCCCUGUAAGAAAUACACCGCCUCCAGCUUCUGCUCCUUCUACAACAUCCAGCGCCGCAUCCUGCCCGCCUUCGCCGCGCUGGCUGGCAACGACUAUGUGAAGCUGGAGGACAUGGGGGUGACCCUCCGUCUGGAAGUCCAUAAGAGAUCAAGAUCAGCCUACCUCGGGGCGCUGCUCCGCUGGCUGAGGGGCUUCCAAGAGUCCCAGGAGGCCCUGGUGGCAUCACUGAGGCUGAUGGUGGGGGUGAGCAGGCAGAAUGAGGCGGAGGUCCUGCAGAACUUGUCUGUGGGCAUGGAGGAGUACCAGCUGCCUCCCAGCGCCCUGAGCCGGUUCUUUACUGACGGGACAGUGCCUCCCCUCCCUCCGGAGGACCGGGCCGUGGCCCCGGACUGGUUCCGCCUGCCUUUCACCGAGGGCCGACUGGACAAAGUCAUCCUGAACGUGCUGCGGCUGAGGAGGGCCCGCCUUCCUGUCAUGGUGGAGCACGGCAGCCUGCCCAGCUCCCAUCUCACCUCCCGGCCGAUCCGCCAGGUGAUGUACGGGCUGCUGCUGGGCGAGGAGGAGGUGGAGGAGUACGACCGGGAGGGCCUCAUGCCGGCCAGCUUCAUGGUCCGGUCUGUCUUCCGAGGAGCCGCUCGGCAGCUGAGCCUGGACUCCCUGGAUAAGGCGGAGCUCUCACAGCGUGUCCGGGUGUUGAUGGAGGCUCUGGAGGUGGAGCCGUCCUGUUUUCAGGGCGUGGAGCCUCACCUGCGCCUCCUGGUGGCUGUUACCUGCUACUGGAUGCAGAAUGCGAGACCCACUCCACACCAGCACCUGCUGCAGGCUCUGCUGCUGGGACUGGUGACCACACACACCAGCACAGCUUUGCAGGUGGAGAACACACACGCUACACCCAGACUGGAUCGUGAUGUGGCUCACGCCUUCAACCAGUGGCAGUCCUGUGUGACGGUCAGCAUUCAGCUCAACCAGCUGCUGAGUGAACCUCUGCCUGAGCCUCAGGUCACCAGGUUGUGUGAGGGAAAGCUGUUCCACCAGCUCGUCCACAGGCUGAGGGGGGGGGUGAACCCUGAGCGUCUCCUGACGUCCUCCAGCCUGAAGCUCUACCGAACCCUGCUGGCCGCCGUGCAGCAGCCACAGCACAGGAGAACCACACACACUCUGGAGGAUCUGACCGCCAACCUGGAGCAGCUGAACCUCCCAGACGAAGACGAGGAGGCGGUGAGGAGCGCAGGCCACCGGCCCAAAAACCCAGAGCUCCACCGCAAACAGGAGCGCCGAGGCUGGAACUGAUUCUCUGUGGUUGGAACCUGUCCAGGAAUCCAUCCAUCUGAGUUUCAACAUCCUGUCUGUGUCUUUUGUUUAUUUUGGACAGAAAGAAGCAGACAGUUUGCACCUUUCUCGGUGCAAAUUAAAAAAAAAAAAUUAUUUGGAUGACAAUUAGGCUUGUAUGAGAUUACAGAGCCAGGGAAAGGGGUGUGAUAUUCUUCUAUACUUAUAAAUAAGAAUUUUUAAGAUUAAAAUCAGAAAAUGUAUGAGGAAAAAACUUACAAAUUUGUGGAAAAAGUAAAAUUUCUGACAUUAUAAAGUCACACAUUUACAAGAACAGACUCCGCCUGUGCUGCCCCCUGCUGGCCGUGUCUCAGGCCUGCAGCUGAUCCCCUCAGCAGAUCCUA